AUGAAGCUCGCUGUAAUCAUCUCCGCUGUUGCCCUCGUCGCCAACGCUGACGAGUACGAUGCCUACGAUGCCCAGGAUGCCCACGAUGACGACCACGACGUCAGGCCUGUGAGCGCCGUAGAUUGUGACGUGGCUGCCCUCACGCCGCUCAUAUCGGAUCCGGCCACAAUCAAAUGUGCUAACGAGUCCGGUUAUGCGAUGACCGCUCUGACUGCGCCCACGCCAGAGCAAUCGGCCAAAAUGUGCGGCAAUCCUGCGUGCGCCUCUGUGCUACAGAAGGUCGAGGUGAUCGCCCCUCAUGAGUGCAAGCUGAUGAGCUUCCACCUGCACUACGACCUGCUUGACCCUCUGGACCGUGCUUGCGACGACGGCAAGCCGACCAUGGGCCACAAGGGCGCUGCUCCCCCCGUCACCGGCACUGUCACCGGCACUGUCACUACUAUAGAUCCAACGGCUUCCAUGAACUUUACGGGCGCCAUCCCCGGGAACUCUGCACCCCCUGCCGCCAUGACUCCUGCAAGUGGCGCGAAUGGCGCGACCUCUACUCAACAAGAAACCACCGGGUCCACGGGCCCAGAAGGAACGACACCCGUCGUCGCUCCUGGUCCCCAGUCUUCCGAGACCCCCAGCUCGGUUUCGAGCGACACGAUCAACACGACUUCCGGGUCGGUAUCCGGCCACAGCGGCGCCGACGAGAUUGACGGAGGAAGACGGGCGCCUAAUGGCUGGCGACACCACACGUCGAUGAAGUUCUCUGACGGACUCUGCUGUCCCAUUGGCGCCGGCAUAAUGCUCAAGCUCCUUGUGGCGGUCGUAGUCGUCGUCUCUGAACUAUUGUGCUGUGUAGAUGAUCGAGAUUCGUUGUCGCUCAACUCCAUCGAUCCCUACUUUGCAGCCGCUCUAGUGAAGGGUGGCAUGGACGACACUCUGUACGGACACCACGACGCAGACAUCAAGACGUUGGCACCAGGAGGUAAACAACGAACGAGCUCAAUCGAUGCGCAUUCGAGCACUUGUGUCCGAGGAGAUGCAGCUGGUGGUGAGACUGAGAUCCUCAUGCGUCGCACUGUGCAUCAGUGUCCGUGGAGAGACUGA